UAUGUAUAUAUAUGUAUUGAAAUGCAGCAAUUAGUUUCACCAAAACCAUACUGCAAUUUUCUCAAACUUUCACCAUCUUUUUAUCCAACUUUAGAUGUCUCUCUUUUUUCAUUCAUUUUCAGUACAUUGCAUCUCCAGCAAAUAUACCCUCCUUCCAGAAAACCUUUUUUAGAUUUUUUGUACUCCAUUUCUCAACCCACAUUUUUUUUUCUUCAUUCACUUUUUCAUUAUAGUUUUUUUUUUUCCUGCAUAGUUUGUUCUUUUGCUAUGACCAAAACCAAAGACGUUUCUUUCUUGCCCUUUUAACUUACAUUGUCUUCUAUUUAUUGCACUUUGUGUUUUCAGUUUCGACUCUUCACUUUUCUUGCACCUUUAGUGUUAAAGUUCCUAUUUUUCCUGCUUAAUAUUUUAUUUCUCUCUAAUUUUGAUAAAUUAUUGUGUAUACUCUAUCUGGGUUUUGAAGCUUUGUCUUUUCCUUGUGCUUAUGUUAUAUUUCAUUGAGGUUUUAUUGAAGGGGUUUAUUACUUUAUUUGCAUAAAAUAAAUAGUCUUUUAACUCAUAAUGCUGUCUAUUUGUUUACUCUAUUGCUCAUAACACAUGCAUUGUAAAAGCCAAUGUUAAGUAAAAAUGCUUGAUUUAGUACUGUAUUGUUUGUGCAAAUCUAUACUUACUAAUUACUAUUCUUAAAGCCUAAGAAAAUUUAAAUCCUGGUAAAGUUUUGUUUUUUUGGCCAAAACUUUUGGUUGAGAAAUUAUGGAAGAGACAUUUGUUCCAUUUCGAGGAAUUAAAAAUGAUAUUCAAAGGAGAUUGAUGUGUUACAAGCAAGACUGGAUUGGUGGUUUCACUGCAGGAUUCAGGAUAUUAGCCCCUACGACAUACAUAUUUUUUGCAUCAGCAAUUCCAGUUAUUUCAUUUGGAGAACAAUUGGAAAGAGAUACAGAUGGUAUACUCACUGCUGUACAAACAUUAGCAUCUACUGCACUGUGUGGAAUUAUACACUCUAUUAUUGGAGGCCAACCUUUGUUGAUUCUUGGUGUAGCAGAACCAACAGUGAUCAUGUAUACAUUCAUGUUCAACUUCGCCAAAAACAGGCCGGAUUUGGGUUCAAAACUCUUCCUAGCGUGGACUGGAUGGGUGUGCAUGUGGACUGCACUCUUGUUGUUCCUACUGGCUAUCUUAGGAGCUUGUUCCAUCAUCAACAGGUUCACUCGUGUGGUGGGCGAACUGUUCGGCCUUCUUAUCGCAAUGCUCUUCAUGCAAGAGGCUAUUAAAGGACUCAUUCACGAGUUUCAUGUACCUGAUAGAGCAGACCCUGCAUCAACUGCGUUUCAAUCUUCAUGGAGGUUUGGAAAUGGCAUGUUUGCUUUGAUUCUUUCCUUUGGCCUUCUACUUACAGCAUUGAGAAGCCGGAAAGCAAGGUCUUGGCGAUAUGGAUCGGGAUGUUUACGCGGCUUCGUAGCAGAUUACGGUGUCCCAUUGAUGGUUCUGUUAUGGACUUCUGUUUCUUAUAUACCAGCUGGAAGUGUUCCAAAAGGAAUCCCUCGGCGACUCUUUAGUCCUAAUCCGUGGUCCCAUGGUGCUUAUGAAAACUGGACUGUCAUAAAGGACAUGCUGAAUGUGCCAGUUCUCUAUAUUAUUGGAUCAUUCAUUCCAGCAACAAUGAUUGCUGUGCUUUAUUAUUUUGACCAUAGUGUAGCAUCUCAGCUUGCUCAACAAAAAGAGUUCAAUUUAAGAAAGCCACCUUCGUUCCAUUAUGAUCUACUUCUUUUGGGAUUCAUGGUUAUAUUAUGUGGCCUAAUUGGAAUACCUCCAUCAAAUGGUGUCAUUCCACAAUCUCCAAUGCAUACCAAAAGUUUAGCUACACUGAAGCACCAGUUACUUCGAAACCGGCUUGUUGCAACCGCUAAAAGUUGUCUGAGCAAGCAAGAAAGCUUAGGACAAGUAUAUGGAAGUAUGCAAAGUGCUUACUGGCAGAUGCAAACCCCUCUUACUCACCAGGAACCGUCCACUCGGGGAUUAAAAGAGAUUAAAGAAUCAACCAUUCAAUUGGCAUCAAGCAUGGGAAGCAUAAUUACUGCAGUUGAUGAGUCAAUAUUUGAUAUUGAGAAAGAAAUCGAUGACUUAUUGCCAGUCGAGGUUAAAGAACAGCGAGUAAGCAACUUGCUUCAAUCUUUGAUGGUAGGAGGAUGUGUAGCAGCUAUGCCUUUCCUCAAAAUGAUUCCAACUUCUGUACUGUGGGGCUAUUUUGCUUUCAUGGCCAUUGAAAACUUACCCGGCAACCAGUUCUGGGAAAGAAUUUUAUUUAUUUUCACCGCUCCGAGCAGAAGAUACAAAGUUCUGGAGGAAUGCCAUGCAACUUACGUGGAAACCGUACCUUUCAAGACAAUUACAGUAUUUACGCUUUUCCAAACUGCUUACUUGCUCGUUUGUUUUGGUAUCACUUGGGUUCCGAUAGCCGGCGUUCUGUUCCCAUUGAUGAUCAUGCUUCUGGUUCCUGUAAGACAAUACAUUCUUCCCAAGUUCUUCAAAGGAUCACACCUUCAAGAUUUAGAUGCUGCAGAAUAUGAAGAAGUCUCAGCAUUACCAUUCGACCUAUCUGCCGAAGGGGAGCUGAGCAGGACUGCUUCCUUUGCAGAUGAUGAAGAGAUUCUAGAUGGGAUUACUACUAGAAGCCGAGGGGAGGUUAGACGAAUUUGCAGUCCAAAUGUGAUGAGCUCUACUGUAACACCAUCCAAAGAGUUCACAAGUCUUCAAAGUCCAAGGUUCCUAGAUAAAGUAUAUAACCCUCAGGUAAACCAACUAAAUGGAAACUCUAGGCCUAGAGGUGUAUGGAGAGGACCCUUUAGCCCUGGAGAAUGAGGAAGUGGUUGAAAUUGAACACUGAUAUACAGUUUUUGUUUGGUACUUAGGUUUAUAAUACAAGGGUGGCCACCAAAGGUGGCAAUGCUUCUUGGUUAUUUUAACAUCUGAAUGCUACAAUAUAGUUUAGUGCAGGGAUUGCAAGAAUGGUUUAUGUCUAUGGUUUGUUACUGAAUGCACUUAUGGAUGAAUUGACUUGUUGCCACCAUACCAA